AUGAGUCUUUCACAACUAGAGCAAAAUAUCAAAAGAAAGAUAGCAGUCGAAGAGAAUAUAAUUCGAGGAGCUUCUACCCUUAAGAAAAAGACUGACAAUGUCAUGGUCAUUCAGAAAUGUAAUACUAAUAUUAGAGAGGCACGUCAAAAUCUUGAAUAUUUGGAGGACAAUUUAAAGAAGUUACAGUUAAAGACUGCUCUGCAAGAUAAAGACCAAAAUGGUAACGAAAAUAAUGACGAAAACAGUUCGAAAGAAUACGGGUUUCUUUCUACCAUAUCACCAAAUGAACACAUUUUUUCUCGUUUGGAUCUUGUAAAAUACGACUGCCCUUCUUUAGCGCAAAGGAUUCAAUACAUGUUACAACAACUAGAAUUCAAAUUACAAGUGGAAAAGCAAUAUCAAGAAGCUAAUACCAAGCUGACUAAACUGUAUCAAAUUGAUGGUGAUCAGCGUAGUAGUUCUGCGGCAGAAGGGGGUGCUAUGGAAUCCAAAUACAGGAUCCAGAUGCUUAAAAAGGCCUUGAAGAAAUAUCAGGCUAUUAAUGUCGAUAUUGAUCAAUUUAAACACCAAUCCAACGACAUGAUGGACAAUCAACAGCCAAAGUUCCGAAGAAAGCAGCUAACUGGCGUCCUGACUAUAGGAAUAACUGCCACGAGAGAUGUUGAUCAUAUACAAUCGCCCAUGUUUGCCAGGAAACCAGAGAGUUAUGUUACCGUCAAAAUCGAUGAUACAAUUAAAGCCAGAACGAAACCCUCUAGAAAUGAUAGAUGGAGUGAAGAUUUUCAAAUUUCAGUUGAAAAAGGGAAUGAAAUAGAGAUUACAGUCUAUGAUAAGGUGAACGACUCCUUAAUUCCAGUAGCUGUGAUGUGGUUACUACUCUCUGAUAUUGCUGAAGAGAUUCGUAAGAAAAAAGCUGGACAAACAAAUGGACAACAGGGAUGGGUCAAUGCAUCAAACAUUAAUAGCGGUUCCUCUCUCACUAACGAAGAAGGGAGUACCCUAACUUCCACGAACUCCAAUUCAGCUAUUCAGCCUUUGGCAAAGAAUGGGCAAGGAGAUAAUACAUUAAGUAGCCAAAUUAGCACAAACUCAUGGUUUAUUUUAGAACCAUCUGGCCAGAUUUUGCUAACAUUAGGUUUCCACAAGUCCUCUCAAAUAGAGAAGAAGCAUUUAAUGGGUGGACUACAUCGUCAUGGUGCUAUUAUUAAUAGGAAAGAAGAGAUUUUUGAACAACAUGGCCAUCACUUUGUACAAAAAUCUUUUUACAACAUCAUGUGUUGUGCAUAUUGUGGCGACUUCCUUCGGUAUACUGGGUUUCAAUGUCAAGACUGUAAGUUUUUAUGCCACAAAAAGUGCUACACCAACGUUGUUACUAAAUGCAUUGCUAAAACCUCUACUGAUACAGAUCCAGAUGAAGCAAAGUUGAAUCACCGUAUUCCUCAUAGGUUCCUGCCCACUUCAAAUCGUGGUACGAAAUGGUGUUGCCACUGUGGAUAUAUUUUACCGUGGGGUAGACAUAAAGUACGUAAAUGCUCUGAAUGUGGUAUAAUGUGCCAUGCUCAAUGUGCUCAUUUAGUUCCUGACUUCUGUGGUAUGUCCAUGGAGAUGGCCAAUAGAAUUUUGAAAACAAUCCAAGACACCAAACGUAAUCAAGAAAAGAAGAAGAGGACAAUGCCAUCAGCUCAAUCGGGAUCAUCCGUUGGCACUGCUAUUGGUAGCGAUCGCUCCCCAACCAAAUUCACUGAAAGGGCAAACGCUCCUUUGCCUCCUCAACCUAGAAAAGACAAUAAAACACCCUCACCUCAGAAAACAACAAGAGACUCUCUUACUAAGCAGCGCAGUCCUAUUAUCGAUGAAGAAAUUCCAUUACAGACACAUGGUCGUGAGAAAUUGAAUAAAUUCAUUGACGAGAAUGAAGCCUAUCUAAAUUUCACAGAAGGUGCACAACAAUCCAUCCAAUUUUCACCAGAGGAGAAAACGCUUGAUCCAACAUCGAAUAAACGUUUAACAGGAUUUACUGAUUUAUCUAUUGAACAUAGCCAAGCUUGGGAAUCAAAAGAUGAUGUAAUGAGAGAUGAACUCGAACAGUGGAAAGCACAACGGGAUGAAAUGGAACGUGAGAUCAAUCAAGACAAUGGGGUCAUACAAGAUGACAUGGAGACUGAUCAUAUUGACCUAGAAACGAAGCAGCAACUUGAUUGGGAGGAUAGAAACGAUUUUCGUGAAGCUGAUUUGACAAUUGACUCCUCACACACGAAUCCUUUCCGCGAUAUGAAUAGCGAAACUUUCCAAAUUGAACAGGACCAUGUAUCAAAGGAAGUGAUACAAGAAACUGUGUCUUUAGCUCCUACAAGUACUCAUGCCUCCAGAGCCACCGAUCAAAAUUCUCCGCAAAAAUCACAAAUCAGCACCAGCGGCAAGCAUAAAAAGAAAGCGUCUAAACGUCGCAAAGUCUCACUGGAUAAUUUUGUUUUACUUAAAGUUUUAGGUAAAGGUAAUUUUGGUAAAGUUAUUUUAUCUAAAUCAAAGAAUACGGAGAGACUUUGUGCCAUAAAGGUUCUAAAGAAAGAUAAUAUUAUUCAAAACCACGAUAUUGAAAGUGCCCGAGCAGAAAAGAAAGUGUUUUUAUUAGCUACAAAAACAAAACAUCCCUUCUUAACUAAUCUAUAUUGUUCUUUCCAAACAGAGAAUCGUAUAUAUUUCGCCAUGGAAUUUAUUGGGGGUGGCGAUUUGAUGUGGCAUGUUCAAAAUCAGAGACUUUCUGUUAGAAGAGCCAAAUUUUAUGCCGCUGAAGUCUUGCUAGCUUUGAAAUAUUUUCAUGACAACGGUGUAAUAUACCGUGAUUUAAAGUUAGAAAAUAUUCUGUUGACUCCAGAAGGUCACAUAAAGAUUGCCGAUUAUGGUUUGUGUAAAGACGAAAUGUGGUAUGGCAACAAGACUUCUACAUUUUGCGGUACACCCGAAUUUAUGGCUCCAGAAAUUCUAAAGGAGCAGGAAUAUACCAAAGCUGUUGAUUGGUGGGCAUUCGGGGUAUUACUAUAUCAAAUGCUACUUUGCCAAUCACCAUUUUCAGGUGAUGAUGAAGAUGAGGUUUUUAAUGCUAUUCUUACAGACGAACCCCUGUAUCCAAUAGAUAUGGCAGGUGAGAUUGUACAAAUAUUUCAAGGCCUACUAACAAAGGAUCCUGAGAAAAGGUUAGGUGCUGGUCCGAGAGAUGCAGAUGAAGUGAUGGAAGAACCGUUCUUCCGUAACAUCAACUUCGAGGAUAUCUUAAAUCUUCGCGUCAAGCCACCCUACAUUCCAGAAAUCAAAUCACCAGAAGAUACAUCAUAUUUCGAACAAGAAUUCACCUCAGCACCACCCACACUUACACCUUUGCCGUCUGUUUUGACAACAAGCCAACAAGAAGAGUUUAGAGGAUUUUCCUUUAUGCCGGACGAUUUGGAUCUAUGA